AUAGUGAGCUAUUAAUGGACAUGGGCUCUGCACAGAUUGUUUACAAUCCUGAAAAUGUCACUUUCAACUUAAUAAUCACUUCUUCAAAGGCGGAGAUUUUUCCUUUUUCCAGAAGGCCAGCUUUCUUGCAAGACAGAAGUGGAAGUUUUGAUAAGUGUUUCCCUACAGAAGUGAUCCAUGUGGUGCUGAUUUGCCAUGAAUAAUUCUGUGUAUAUGGUUGAUGGUGAUUCUGAUGAGGAAAUCUCUACCCAGCAAGCUAUUCAGGAAAGCUUACAAGAUUGGCAUAAAUUUGAAACAAGUGGCAGUGCAACAGAGGUUGAAAGUUUCCAGUGUACCACAAGUAAGGAACAUGGGCAGAUCAUUGCAGCAAUUCGAAAAGGCCAAGAGGAGGCCUUGAAGAAGUUGGUGAGGCACAGUUCUGCUUUUGAAGAAGCAGAUCAGGAAGGCUGGCUUCCUGUGCAUGAAGCUGCAGCACAGCUAAAUAAGAACAUCCUUGAAAUAACUUUCAAAGCCUCCCGUGACAUUACGUGGGAACAGUCCACUCUAAAAGGGGAAACACCUCUCUUGGUGGCAGUAAGAAAUUGUUUUGUGGACAAUGUCCACUUUCUCCUGCUCAAUGGCUGCAAUCCCAAUGUUAAAAAUGAAGAGGGAGAUUCUCCUUUAGUUAUAGCAAUUAAACUUGAUUCCUAUGACAUUGCCUCCUUGCUGCUGCGGUCCGGUGCCAGAGUGAAUCUGCGCUGUGUCCAUGAGAGAACUGCUCUGCAUGAGGCAGCCAGGCUGGGCAGGAAGGACCUGGUACAGCUUCUCCUGGAGUCUGGAGCAGACCCUGACCCCCGCAGUGGAUAUGGCCUCACACCUCUGGCACUGGCUGCACAGAUGGGACACACAGAAAUUAUGGAGCUCUUACUGCAAAGAGGUGCAGAUGUUCUUUCACAGGCAAUGGAUUGUGCUUCUAUAUUGUUUGAAGCAGCAGGAGGAGGAAAUCCAGAUUCUGUGAAUCUUUUACUAGAAUAUGGGGCUGAUGCCAAUGUACCAAAGCACUCAGGUCAUUUGCCAAUCCACAGAGCUGCAUAUAGAGGACACUUUCUAGCGCUAAAAUAUUUAGUUCCUGUGACUGAUUUUUCUGCCAUUAAAGAAAGUGGGAUAAGUCCAGUUCACUCAGCAGCAGCAGGAGCACAUCCUCAGUGCCUUGAGUUUCUCCUGCAGUCGGGUUUCGAUGCCAAUUUUAUGCUGGCUCAGAGAGUUCGCAAAGGCUACGACGACCACCGGAAAUCCGCGCUGUACUUCGCCGUCUCCAACGGGGAUAUCUGCUCAACGCAGCUGCUGCUCAACGCCGGAGCCCUGACAAACCAGGAUCCCAUCAACUGCCUCCAAAUAGCCUUGAGAAUGGGCAACUACGAGUUAAUGAAUCUGCUGCUCCGCCACGGCGCCAACGUCAACUACUUCUGCCGCGUGAACACCACGCAUUUCCCCUCAGCCCUGCAGUACGCCCUCAAGGACGAGGUGAUGCUGAGGAUGCUGCUGAGCUAUGGCUACGACGUGCACCGCUGCUUCGACUGCCCCUGGGGCAGCGGGGACCACUCCCAGUACGUGACCGACGGCUGGACCUCCACCGUCAUCAAAGACACCAUGUUCUGUGAAGUGAUAACUUUGUCCUGGCUGAAGCACGUGUCUGGGAAAGUCGUGCGAAUCAUGUUGGAUUACGUUGAUCACGUUAAGAUUUGCUUGAAGCUCGAAGCAGUUCUCAAAGAACAGGAACUCUGGCCAGACAUCCAUUUCAUUUUAACAAAUCCUCGCUCUCUGAAGCACCUCUGCCGGCUGAAGAUCCGGGCGUGCAUGGGCCGCCUGCGUCUCCGCUGUCCCGUCUUCAUGACCUUCCUUCCACUGCCCAACUGCUUGAAAGAUUACAUCCUGUACAAGGAAUAUGAUCUUUAUGGACAGGAAAACUUCACAGGGAUCUACAACCUCAACUGUGCAUAAGACUACAAACUGUCCUUCUGUGCUGCUCUGGUUGGAUCUGCUGGAAGCUGCUAUCAACCGGCUCUGCUCCUCCAAGUCCUGCAUUGAGAAGAGGGGUUGGGAAAUCAGAAAGAGACUAUUACCCUUAAAGCCAUCUGCAAUGGACACAGGAUACCAUUAUUACAAUUUCUAAUGAUCUAUCAAUACUAUCAGUGGACAGCUUUGGACAAAACUGCAAAAGAAAGUUUUGAGCCUCCAGAUUCCCCGAAAGGAUUUGUGCGUCUAUCAGAAAAUGAAAACAUUAAAGCAGGAGUCAGAUUGCAGGAACCACCCAUGGACAGUGCAGUAGUCUCAUGCUGUGUCAGAUACCAACAUGUAGUGAGUUCACAAACUUGUCAUCUGGAGGAAUAAUGUUUCAUGAGCCAUAAGGAGAAGCAAUUCUGUCAGGAGUGAGACAUAACUUGCUGUAUUUGAGGGCCCACAUCAUGGGGAAAAUACCAGAUAUUAUUGUCCUAUUGCUGCCACAGAAAGUUUUGCUCACUUUUUUUUUUUUUUAAUAUUUGAAUUAAGCCCAAACCAAAACCUUGGUAAUGUUUGAAAAUGUAAAGUUUUAGGGAAUGAAAUUUCACAGAACAGCUUCAGGAAGCACAGCCAAAAACCAGGCCCCUGCAGUACUCCAUAAGAGCACCCACUUCUCAUCACUGUCAAGGUGUUGAAUUACUUACUCAAGAGAAGCCCCUGGGUAUGUUUCAAAUGCAGCUUUCUCAAAACAUCACUGGGGUUUUACUCCUAGAGAGUCAAGAGAAAUGUGGCUAUUUCUGGCUCUCAGAGACAGAAUUACUAUCAGUUACAGAGAAAAGUGAAAAUACUCUAGGCUUCCAAGUCUGCAUUUUUCAAAAACAGUAAAGGAAUAAGCACAGGAAAUGGGGACAUUUUAUUUAAAAUAUGUAGAGGAAAUGACUCAUUCUCUCUGGAUGAUUGAUAGUAAAAGCUAUUGGCAAGGAGUCAAUAUAGCUCAAAUUAGGUUUUUUAUGGGAUUAAUGAAAGUGUUACCUCAAUAGUUAGUGUUCUAAAAAAAAAUUUCAGAACUAUAAGAAAAAAAAAAUUGUUCAGUUACACAUACUGACUACCAGUUUAUGUUAUCAAUUAUCAGAAAUUUUUUAACUAAGAGAUGUCUGGUUUAAAGUAUUAAAUUUUUCUAGAUUGAAGCCAAGAUGGCAUUGCUACAAUGUUUAGAUAACACAAACUCAAUCAAGACCCAUCUCAUUAAAGGCUGACCUGUGUAAUUAUAGUAAAAGCGAAUUCUUUCUACCAGCAUCUUGUAUUGCUCAGACUUUUCUUGUUGUUUAAUAUUAAACUGGAACAGUAAAUGCAAAAUCUCACAGGAUCUCUCAAAAGGCAAAAAUAAAACUUAAAUAUAUGUCAUCA